CUAGGGAGCUCGAUGAGCACCUAGAAAAAAUUCAGCAUGAUUACAUGCAAGACUUGAGAGAUAGGUUCAGGUCAGUUCGCCAACAUGCAACUGCCCUGUACCUUCUUGACAAGCUUGCAUUAAGGGCAGGAUGCAAGAAAAGUGGCAAAAAAGCUGAUACUGUGGGUUGUUGUUCCCUCAGAUGUGAACAUAUUACUUUGGUAUCACCAAGGACAGUUGAGUUUGAUUUCUUAG